AUGCCGUGCGCUAAAUGUAAUAUUAACAUAUCUCCUAAGAAAACCGUAACUUGUAAAAGUUGUGAUUUUGAUUUUCAUGUGAAAUGUACAAAUCUUGAAUCACUCAUUGAAUAUAAUAAGAUUAGUGCUAAAUGGACUUGUGAAUAUUGUAAUUAUAAUACUAAAAAUAUUACGCAAAGAAAAAAAUUGAAUAAUAUGGAUAAUUCAAGCCGGGAUGAUGAGGAUGAUUAUGAUUUUGGGUCAGUAAAAAUUGAUAUGAAAAAAAUGUUCAGAAAAAUUGAAGUACUUACUACUAACGUCACAUCAAUGGAAAGUUCAUUAAAUUUCUAUGGAGAAUCAUUUGAUGAAAUCAAGAAGAAAAUGGACACUGUUGUAAACAUCGUUAAUGGUAUGGGAAAUAGGGUAAUGGAAACAGAACUUAGAUGCUCUAAACUCGAAAAAGAAAUUGAUUACCUCAAAAUUAUGUUAAAUAACAAAGAACAAGCUUCUCUAAAUCAAUCCGUUGAAAUUACUGGUAUCCCGAAAACACCUAACGAAGAUAUACCUCAUAUAAUUACAUCAGUAGCUAAUAUAUUAAACAUUAGUAUUAAAAACGAAGAUAUUGUAGAUACUUACAGAUUGAAACCGUACAAGAAUACUGAUGGUAAAAUUAUAGCUAAAUUCAAUUCCACGAUUCUAAAAGACAGUAUUAUUAAAUCGAUAAAAUUACUUUAUAAGAAUAAAAAUCCGGUAACUGCAAAUAAUUUAUGUACUAACUUUCCCGAAGUUAAUGUAUUUACCAACGAUCAACUCACAAAGGAAAACAAAAGAUUACUCUGGUUGUCAAAAGAAUUCUCAAAAACAUAUGGUUAUAGAUUUGUCUGGUCAAAUUCUGGUGGUGUAUACUUAAAAAAACAAGAAAUGGAACAAGUUAUCAAAAUACCAACUACACAAAUUCUUCAAAAUCUUGAUACAGACAAAAAAGUUAGUGCACUUUGGGAGUAG